AUGGAACAUGAAAGGAUGAAUCAGAUGGCGUGCAAGUCAACGGGAGGGAAGGCGCCCCGCAAGCAGCUGGCCACCAGGGCGGCCGGCAAGAGCACGCCAGCCAUGGGCAGCGCGAAGAAGUCGCACCGCUACUGGCCCGACACUGUGGCACUGCGUGAGAUCCGCCGCUACCAGGAGUCCACCGAGCUGCGCAUCCGCAAGCUGCAGUUCCAGCAGCUGGUGCGCGAGAUUGUGCAGGACUUCAAGACCGACCUGCACUCCCAGAGCUCGGCCGCCAAGGCACUGGGGGAGGCGUGCGAGGCCUACCAAGUGGGGCUCUUUGAGGACACCAAUCUCAGCACCUUCCCUGCCAUUAUGCCCAAGGACACCCAACUGUCAUGCCGCAUCCGCGGAGAGUGA